CAGGAGGCUUCCCGCCCACCCUUAGAGCUCUGUUUGGAAAGUUCCCUUCAAGAGCUGAACUCAAAGCACAUUUUCUUUAUAGGAAGCAACAGAAAGGCAACAUGUCGGCAGAAACUCCAAUCACCCUGAAUAUGGACACUCAGGACCUGCAGAUCCAAACAUUCACCGUAGAGAAGCUGCUGGAGCCUCUGAUAAUCCAGGUUACUACACUUGUAAAUUGUCCUCAGAACCCUUCCAACAGGAAAAAAGGACGUUCAAAGAGAGCCAGAGUUCUCCUAGCCUCUGUGGAGGAAGCAACUUGGAAUUUGCUAGACAAGGGGGAGAAGAUCGCCAAGGAAGCUGCAGUUUUAAAGGAAGAGCUCACAGCUGCACUCCAGGAAGUUCGGAAAGAGAGCACAGCUCUGAAGGUAUCGGCUGAGAGAUUUACAGACGACCCCUGUUACCUCCCGAAAAGGGAGGCUGUGGUUCAAGCCGCCCGCGCAUUGCUGGCCGCGGUUACAAGACUCCUUAUCCUGGCAGACAUGAUUGAUGUCGUGUGUCUCUUGCAGCACGUGUCAUCUUUCCAAAGAACAUUUGAGUCUCUUAAAAAUGUUUCCAACAAAUCUGACCUCCAGAAAACCUACCAGAAGCUUGGGAAGGAGCUGGAAAACCUGGAUUAUUUAGCCUUCAAGCGUCAGCAGGACUUAAAGUCUCCAAGCCAGAGGGAUGAAAUUGCAGGGGCCCGUGCUACCUUGAAGGAGAACUCCCCACUAUUGCAUUCAAUUUGUUCAGCUUGUUUGGAACAUUCCGAUGUUGCUUCGCUCAAAGCCAGUAAGGACACUGUCUGUGAAGAGAUCCAGAAUGCUCUUGAUGUAAUUUCAAAUGCUUCCCAAGGCAUCCAGAAUGUGCCAGCACCUUUGGAACCUCAGGCAGCAACCCUCGGAAGUGCUCUUGAUGAGCUGGAGAGUCUAAUUGUCCUGAACCCACUGACAGUGACAGAGGAAGACAUAAGACCGUCGCUAGAGAAACGCCUAGAAGCCAUCAUCAGUGGGGCUGCCCUGUUGGCCGACUCUUCCUGCACCAGGGACUUCCACAGGGAGCGGAUUAUCACCCAGUGCAAUGCCAUUCGCCAGGCUCUCCAGGACCUGCUGUCGGAGUACAUGAACAACACUGGAAAAACAGAAAAGAGUAAUACCCUGAAUGCCGCUAUAGACAACAUGAGCAAGAAGACAAGAGACCUCCGCAGACAGCUCCGCAAGGCUAUUAUAGAUCACAUAUCGGAUUCUUUCUUGGACACAACAGUUCCACUCCUGGUUCUCAUUGAAGCUGCUAAGAAUGGCCGAGAAAAUGAAAUCAAAGAAUAUUCUGCGAUAUUUCAUGAGCACACAGGCAGGCUUGUGGAGGUGGCAAACCUUGCUUGUUCCAUGUCAAGAAAUGAAGAUGGAAUUAAAGUCGUCAGAAUUGCAGCCAGUCACUUGGAAACCCUGUGUCCACAGAUCAUAAAUGCUGCACUUGCCUUGGCAUCAAGACCCAAGAGCAAAGUAGUCAAAAACACCAUGGAAAUAUACAAGCGCACGUGGGAACAUUACCUUCGUAUUCUCACUGAAGCUGUGGAUGACAUCACCAGCAUUGAUGACUUCCUGGCUGUGUCUGAAAGCCACAUCCUGGAAGAUGUCAACAAGUGCAUUAUAGCCUUGAGGGAUCAGGAUGCUGACAAUUUGGACCGAGCUGCAGGUGCCAUCAGAGGACGGGCUGCAAGAGUAGCUCACAUCGUCACUGGUGAAAUGGAUAGUUAUGAACCGGGUGCUUACACCGAAGGCGUGAUGAAAAAUGUCCGCUUCCUGACAAGCACUGUGAUUCCUGAGUUUGUGACACAAGUCAAUGCUGCCUUGGAUGCCUUAAGCAAGAAUUCGCUGACUGUGCUGGAUGAUAAUCAGUUUGUUGACAUCUCAAAGAAGAUCUAUGACACAAUCCACGAUAUCAGAUGUUCCGUCAUGAUGAUUCGGACUCCAGAGGAACUAGAGGAUGUCUCUGACCUUGAAGAAGACCAUGACGUCCGUAGCCACACCAGCAUUCAGACAGACGGGAAGACUGACCGAGCUAAGAUGACCCAAUUGCCUGAGGCAGAAAAGGAAAAGAUUGCGGAGCAAGUAGCAGAUUUCAAGAAGGUGAAGAGCAAGUUGGAUGCUGAGAUCGAGAUAUGGGAUGACACGAGCAAUGACAUCAUUGUUCUUGCCAAGAAGAUGUGCAUGAUCAUGAUGGAGAUGACAGACUUCACGAGGGGGAAAGGGCCACUAAAACAUACCACUGAUGUAAUCUAUGCGGCUAAACUGAUAUCAGAAUCAGGAUCAAGGAUGGAUAUUCUCGCUCGGCAGAUUGCUAACCAGUGUCCAGACCCACCGUGCAAACAAGACUUGCUGGCUUAUCUGGAACAGAUUAAAUUCUACUCUCACCAGCUGAAGAUCUGCAGUCAAGUUAAAGCAGAGAUCCAAAACCUGGGUGGCGAGCUCAUCAUGUCUGCUUUGGACAGUGUCACCUCCCUGAUCCAGGCAGCCAAAAACUUAAUGAAUGCUGUGGUGCAAACAGUGAAGAUGUCAUACAUUGCCUCCACCAAGAUCAUCCGCAUCCACAGCUCUGCAGGUCCCCGGCACCCAGUUGUCAUGUGGAGAAUGAAGGCUCCAGCCAAAAAGCCCUUGAUUAAAAGAGAGAAGCCAGAAGAAACAUGUGCCGCUGUCAGAAGAGGCUCAGCAAAGAAAGAGAUCCACCCCGUUCAAGUCAUGAGUGAAUUUAGAGGGAGACAAGUCUACUGAGACCCUAGACCAUUCUAGUGUCCAUUUCCACUCCCCAGGCCAACCACACUGCUUUAUUUCACAGUUCAUUGGUUCUUUAAUUUAACUAAGUGUUGGAGUUAAGCUUACAAAUAACAUAAACCGUUGAGGUUAAACCAAUGUGUGCAAUGUGUAAUUGGGAUCCUGUCAUUGUCAUCAUAGGCUGGCUAACUGACAGGUAGUACCUAGAGAAUAAAACCCACAGGUGUCAUUCAGCCCUGCCCUUCCCAGGGAAUAUCAUUACAAAAUGAAGGUAAAGAUAAAGUGAGCUAAGUUUACUGGGAGGCUUUGCACCCAUACUUUCUUUACCAUUGUGAAGGAAGACACUGGCAUAAGCUUCUCACUUGCAUUUCUUUAGGCACAAAAGGGUUUUUCAACUGUUUUACCAAUUAAUGCCCAUACUUUAUUUAUCUGGUACCUAACCUGCUGGAAACGUGUGCUUCUUGCCAUAGAAAAAAAAAAUUGUUCAGUUUCUAUGUAUAAUUGGUGAGUUGACUGUAACUAAAUUUGUGUGGUCAAGCUUCUUACUAGAAUUUAAAAGUCAGUCAUGUUAUUUAAGAAGUGUUUUGAUGACUCUACUAAGCUCUAGGCUACAGUCUUGGGAUAUGAUGCUUAUAUGUUUUAAUUUUACUAUCUUCAGAAUUUUGGGACUCUUAGUGUUGGGCCCUUCAUCCUCUGGAGAAACAAUUUUUGUUUGUUGAUUAUUUUUGUUUGCUACUGGGGUUCAAACAAUAGCCUUACACAUGCUAGGCAAGUGGUCUACUCCUGAGAUGCACACCAGUCCUCCUGUGAGAGAAAUGAGACACUGAGUUACAGUACAGACUAAAUCUACAAUAGUGGACAUUCAAGGAAUUCUGUAUGAAUAAAAAUCUCUUUUGUAUCCACUUGCAAUUAUAAUUUUAAAAGGUGACCAAUUUGCAAAGUCUUUUGGCCCUGAGUAAAAUCUACCACCUGAUGAUAAAGCUGAGUUUAUGUCAAUGACUUUGGAAUGAUUAUAAUAACCUUCUUUAAAUGAAUGUCAUUGAGGUUAUUUUAUAUGUCUAUAGACUAUGCUUCUGUACAGUUGAGUUUAUAAUGGAAUCUCUAAUAGUCUGAGAGUGUGGUACAUAAUGGCUAUAGCCUUUUCUUCCCCUCACUUCUUCUCCUUUUUAUUUCCCUCUUUUUCUUCACACCACACUGUAUAAAAGCUGUUUUGGAAGAGUGAAGCUUCAGUUUGACCAUGUCACACUCAAAGGAUCACUUCUUCAUUGGUUUUAUUUUAUUGUGUCAGAAUUCUGUUAUAAUUGAAGCUCUUCGCUUACACAAAACUAACUGCCCUUAAAGAGUCAUUUUGUCACUUUUGAUUGGCCAAAUAAUAUUUCUAUAUAUCACAGAAGUUGAUGUUAGAGGUGCCACUUGUACACGAAACAAGAAAAAGAAUGUUUGGGAAUGCAUUGUGUAUGCUCUUCAACAAAAGCAGAAGCAAAAAGGGUCUGGCAGAUGAUUCUCAGUUAUGAGAUAAAUAUUAACUUCUUUUACUACAUUGAAUUAUUUCAUUCUUCCAAGGGUGGGUUGGUUGGCUGGGAUCUGUAGUUAAACUUCCUGGGAACUGGAAGAAAUCCAUCCAUUUCUCCACUCAUCUUGCCCUAAGAACUCGCCCAUAAAAGAUUUUCUGGACAAAGUGUACUCUCCUGAUGAGAAGCAGUGAAAAAGGGAAUUAGGUCUUCCAGACAAUGCUUGCUCUCAGCGCUACCUGCACAACUGAGAAGGAUAGAGAGUCUGUGUUAUUGAAAGGCUGCCAUGGUGUUCUGUACUCAAUGGAGAGCCAUUUUAGACUUCUUUCGGGUAUAAUGCAGAUUUAUAAUUUGGGGAGCAAUGAAUUUUCUUAAAAAUGCACAAACAAAAGCCACUACAUCACAAGCUUAUAUACUAGGGUCUGACCUUACAUAGGGCUGAAUCAUAAAAGUUCUUUUCAAACUUCACUGUUCCUUUGGUCCCAAAUCAUCCUUCCAAAUAUUGGAAUUUACCAUAAAAUAUGGGAAAAAAUAAUAAUAAAUAAUUUUAAAUGAUACAAAUACCAGAUAACUUUAUACAACGUAAGAUAAUAUAAUCAAGUCCUUUGCUUUGGUACAGAAUUCCAGGUAAGCACAAAAUACACAGCCAUAAAAAACAAAGCAUUAAAAACUUUGAAUUGCUGAGUACCUGGAGUGUCCAUUCUUUGUGGCAAUCAAAGCGGGGGAAAGAGAGGCAUAAAGCUCCGAAGGUCUACCUGAGAAACACCCACAGUGGCAGCAUCUUAGUUGGAUUCAAACAAUAAGAGCUGCAAAUGUCUAUGGAAAGAAUGGAUAAAAAGGUGCUGGCAAACGUUCACAGCAUGGAACCCAAUUAGAUAAAUCUGGCCAAUAAGUAUUGAUAUGUAUUCUGUAUACAUAUUUAUAUGGAGACCUUUCACCUGCAGGGGAAUUCCAGGAAACUCUUAAUGGGAGUAAUAACUCAGUGGCUCAAUAUACACAUUUUGAAUCCACAUCACAUUUGCUUGAUCAUGCUAAUGAGAACUCAUCUGCCCCUUUUCUUGAAUAUAAUUUCAUUUCAUUUCCAUGGAAAAAUGUACUUGAAAAGAUGUUUAAUGCUAUCUACUAGGACAAGUCCUUCCUUGCCUCACUGUCUGUAUCAUCACCAAGGGGCAUGUGAAAUUCAAAGUAGUCUAGAUUCAGAAAAAAAAAAAAAACCCUGAGAAAAUGCUCAGUAUUCAAUAUGAAAGUUGGUAAAUUCAAAUUCCUUUUAUUAACUAUAUAAAAUUAGUAGGUCAUAAUAUUUCUUCCUGUGAAGGUUUCUAGACAGUUGGCUAGUAAGUCAGGACAAUAGGAACACAAUAAAUUUCAAGCUGCAAUGCCAAUCAUCCUUUUCUGUUUCUCUUAUGAUUUGAGUGCAGCCUCUGAAUGGGCUAGAAGCUAUAGUCCUAAUAUGCACUCAUCCCAUCCGAGAUUGGGCAUGUCUUAAGACCAUUAUACCAUGUAUGCUUCUCAUAAAGCCUCUUCUUCCCACAGGAUAAGGUAGCUGAGCUGAACACAGUGGCCUAUUCUUGUAACUUAGUCCUGCUGACUAAUUUCGAAGAUCAAUUUUCAACUCAUUAUAAUGGAAAAACUAAAAAUGUGAAUAUGUAAUUAAGUUCCCAGUGGGACCUUCAAGUCUGGUAACUAUAAGGCUCCAUAGAUUCAACAGCAAGUUUCUGAAAAGACUAAGUUUUAACAAUUGGGAAUGAUGGUACUUAGUCCUUAAACCUUCACUUAAGGGACUGGAGAGACAGCUGAGGCAGUGAGUGCUUACUAUGCCAAUAUGGAGCUCUGGCUCCUCAUUACCUGCACCCACAUUAAUAGCCAGGUAAUGGGAUACUCUUAUAAUUCCAGUGGGGCUCUCUGGCCAGCCAAUUGAGCCAAAUAUGAAAACUCCAGGUUCAAUGGGAGACUAUGUAUCAAAAAAGUAAGGUAGAUAGUGAUUGAGGAAGAUAAAACCAAGGUUGACUUCUGUAGUCUACGUUUAUUUACACAUAUUAAUGUACACCAACACUCAAAUAAACACACACACACACACACACACGCACACACGCACAUGUUCACUUUCUAGGUAGUCUUCUCUUACCUAACCCUGCAUGCAUGACCUGUUUACUCCCUACAGUGUUCUACUAAAUGACAACACCAACCUUUUCACAUCUCAGCAGACUGCACAGUUACUGCCCCUUUGUUCCAAUCUCAAGCUCUAGUAAUCUCCCCAACCUCUCUCCCUCCUAGGUUACCCUAUAGUAAAUCGACUAAUAUAUUCUUUGAGACAUUAAUAUUGUAAUUUCCACCAGAAUCAUUUUUACCUCCCCAAAUAUUCUUUGGUGUCUCAUUUUGAUGCUAAGGAUUGUAGUUCCCAUGGAUACAGCCUUCUGUACUGUGGCAAUGUGAGAGGAAUGAGAUCUGAGGAUUUUCCUGGUGAAAGCGACCAUCCUCUUUCAGUGUUGUGAGAAGCAAUUCUCUGGGUGGACAAAAUAGGCACAGAAACCUGAAUUUGAAUGAAACCACAUGUUUUAAUCAGCUUGUCCUUGGUUGAGACAGCCUACCUAAUAUACUUUCAGUGAUCAAAUGGCCAUUUUUCUUUUUGUUGCAAAGUCUAAAAUUCUUCAGUGAUUAGGAUGCUCAAAGGAACUCAGGUAAAAAGAAUAUAGCUUGCAUACAAUUUCAAUAUUUUUAAAGGGAAUUAGAAAAAUGGCUGUAUCAUCAGAGGUAUUUAUCUGUAUAUCACACAUCAGGAGAUAACAUUUAUUCAUAGAAAAGGUCCAUUUCCUCUUUUAUGGCUCUUUUUCCAUGGUUAUUGUUGAGUCUUACACACGGGGACAGAAGGCUGAGGUGCCUGUUUAGCAUAUCAAAGCAGACCUGGCUGCCAGGUUUUUCCGGAAUCCCUCAGUCCCUGAAGGUUACAGGGUGAUUUAGGGUUUUAUUGCUGUGAAGGGACACUAUGACCAUGGUACAUCUUAUAAAAGAAUACAUUGAAUUGGGGCUGAUGCCUUACAGUCUCAGAGGUGUAGCCAAUGAUAAUCAUGGUGGGAAGCAUGGCCGUAUCCAGGCAGACAUAGUGCUGAGGAAGAAGCUGAGAGUUCUGCGUGUUGAUUCCCAGGCAACAAGGAGAAGACUGGUUAUGUUUCACCUUGGGACUAGCUUGAGCAUUCAGGACGUCAAAGCUCUGCCUCCACAGUGACAUACUUCCUCCAACAAGGCCACACCCUACUCCAAUAAGGUCACGCCUCCUAAUAGUGCCAGUCCCUAUGGCCAAACAUUCAAACUCUUCAAUCUAUGGGGGGGGGGGUAAUACUUAUUCAAACCACCACCCCAAAUUCUUCAGCCCAGGGGCUGGGUUGCUCUGCCCCAAGCUGUUCUUAUUUAUAUAAAACAACAAUUUUUGUUACCAUAUUCUGUUUUGGACAUCCUAGGUGCUACACCUGUUUCCCCUCUGUCCCUUCUCCUUACUUCUUUCUGCUCUUCUCUUACAUGGUUCAGGGCCAUGUUGUCUCUGAACUCUCCAAGAUGUCCCUGCCUCUGACUAUACUCACCAUUUAUCUACAAGAAACCUGCUCCACCAUGCCUAGGAGAAGUCAUAUCCUUUUUUUUCCCCCUUUUAAAAUUAUUAUUCAGUUAUAGAAUACUUAGGAUUAAGAUUUUGUGUGUUAUCACAAAAUAACAAGAGGCAGAGUGAUACACUAUACAUAUACAAAGUAGUCUGACUUUUCAUUUUGACCCACUGAGUCAAAUUAGGGAAGAGAACAUGGAUGCUAUCAAAACUAGGCACAGGCAACAGAAUCUGUUCUAUAUUCAAGUGUGUAGACAUUACCCUAGAUGUUGAAAUGACUAAGAGAAAAAGCUAUAAUUAAAGGCUUAAAUACUUCUUCCCUUCUUAAAAAUCUGCAUAAAAAGAGCCUCUUUGCUCUUACAAUAAAUAGGAAAUUGUUUAAAGCAUGAACUAUUUUACAAAUGAACACACCCUAAUAAAGUACAAAUAACUCUUCCUUGAACUAUCUAAGAGGCUGAUAAAAGUGCUGUCUCCAAAGGCACCCAGCCAGGUGAGACUCUCAUCUGCACGCAGUAGGUUGCCUGUGGGACUGACCCUCCUGCCAGUCCUGGGAAAAUGGAUUGUUCAUGCUGUAUUAUGGCCUCCCCAGUGGGAAGCUGUACCCACUGGGAACAAAGCACCAAGAAGGAAAAGAAGUGUAGACGGACUGUAGCCAAGGAAACAUGAAUAAGGAAAUGCUGGAGGGAGAUCAAAGAAUGCGAAUGUUGUUUGCAGAAAUAUAUGACUUUUAUAGACUUUAUAGAUGGUGUGUGAUGGCGAUGGAGGAAGUUCUGGAUUCUAUGGAGAUUAAGUGGACUUGUUCUGAGGAAGGUUUAUGGAUUUUUAAGGAUAAGAUUGGACAUGUGUCUUGGUGUCUUGUUAGUUUGGUAAGGUCCUGUCAGAGGCAAAAGGAUAAUCUAGAUAAAUCUUAACUAUCAUUUAGUAAUGGUUCAUGAAAUAUUUCUUAAAAUUUUAAGGAACAUGUACUCCACCAUUCCCCAGGAGGAUGCAAGAAUCUAUUUCCAGUCCAAUAGCAUAACCACCCACUCAUCUAUUCCUUAAGCGGCUCUGAUACUCCAGGCACUGUCUUAGGUUCUUGGGUCUUUGCCUUCAUGUCAGCACUGUUACAUGAUAACUAUUAUAUGUACCAUACUCUUAAUAAUCUUGUUUGAAAUAACAUUAAUUCCACAUAAUAGGUAAGAAAAAUGGAGGACUACAAAGCAUAAUAGUCUUAUUCAAAGAUUUUGUUUUGUCUUGUUUUAUUACAUCUUGAGUUCAAAACGCUUAGCCAUCAGAGCACCCAGACUGUUUGGAAAAUUAGUCUAAAUUUCUCAGUUGCUAAUAGUGAGAGCCACAUAUCAAAUCAUGCCUGUUUUCUGUGAAAGAGGGGAAAAAAAGAAAAGCUUCAAAAUGAUUAAUAUAUGGCCUACAUCACUCAAGGCACAUAAGAGUCAUAUAACUACUAAACUGCAUAGAGUUACCCAUAGGAGCUGAAUAUAGAACAUGUUGGUAUUUUUUUAAAAAGUACAUCUUUUGUUUCUUUGAUGCCUGUGCGCGUUGUCUUUGUUAUUGCAGAAGGGAAACCGUCCAUGGAAAUACCUGUGCCAUCCACUGUGCCUCAUGAGUCAGUGGAAAACAGUUUGGGGAAGUCGUUCUUUAUUCUUUUGCUGCUGAUAGGCAGAUUUCAGUCUAUGGGUUGCAGGAGGGUUAGUCAAAUGUUAAUCAAGUACGGGAGUUUUCCUGAACUUCAGACUUAUACUGUAGCACACAUGUUCCCUCCUUCGUGGACAUUAUACAUGUGUAGUGCCUGUGCCCAUGGACAGGGAAACCGAGUCCUUUGGUUUCCACAGUGCUCUCUGGAGUCAGCUGAAGUGCCCUUUCUCGCCUGUGUUUCAGGACAAGUUUCCACAUCUUGUCUUGUUUCUCUGAUAUUUGUGAUAAUUCCUCUUCUCAACUGCAGGUGUAAGAAUCCCAGAAGGAAAGGACUGUCCUUUAAUUAAGCACACAUCUCUAAAGAUCACAUCUAAUUUCCUCCUAGAAAAAAAAAAUCCACUUAAAUAAUGUUAGCAGAACGGGUCCUAUGCUUCCAUUUCAAUUGAUAUAUUUUCUAAUCCUAAUGGUUUUUACCCUGGGCAUGUUUCAGAGGGAUGCUUAUGUUUAGUCCCAGGUAUUUGUUCUUAAAGGUCUGUUGCCUCUCUUUAAAUACUUUAAGUCCUCAUUUCAAUAGGUAUAUCCCUAGUACAGAAACUUGUUUAAAUUUUUUUUUCUUUUGGUACAGCCACAGAUUUGGCAGUCCAGGGAAAACCCCUGGGGUCUGACAUCAGCAUGUUAUCUCUGUAACUGAUAUGACUCUCUGUAGUAUCCUCUAAGAGAGCAGAUUAUUCGAGCAAGUUUUCUUGACCUUGGGCUACCAAUAUCCGAUUUGGGCCAGCAUGUUUACUCAAAUACAAAUGACUACAUCCGUGAUGUUAGUGCAUCAUAAACGGAAUUUUCCUCCUUUCCAAGGCUUUAAAUAUGAAAUUAAUUUCAAAAUAGACUGUAGAGAAAGCAUUGCAUUGCCUGCCAAACCUUCUGUCACAAGAGUUUUCUAUUCUUACAUGUUGGUAAACAGUGUGCCCAUGAGGAAUAAAUAAGAGCAUUUCAACAACUGUCUUGUGGGGGUAAGAUGUGCUGUUGAUGUUGUUAAAGCUUCUUUUUAUACAGUGUGGUUCUUCCAGAGAACAUUUUCUAAACAGCAGCAUCAUCUGUCCUCCAGAGCUGUGACUAAACAAGCCCAGAAAACAGAGCUAAAUAGAUACUUUGCCCAACUUAGUGCCUAAGACUUGAUAGGAUGAAAGCAUUUUCUUUGGAAAUACUGGGUGAUUAAAUAUUAAUUAAAAUUUCUAAUGAAAUAGUAUUCAGGAUUUCUUUCGUUUUCAUUUUAAUUAUGAUUUUAUUUUCUUGUUCACUUGGCCAAAACCAACCAUUUGCUUUAUGUGCUUUGACAAGCUAAGAAUUAAACUCAGUGACAUGUCUGCAGAAACGAUGCACAUGGUAAUUUAGGAAAAAGGCAGACUUAGGCUAAGAGCCUAGGUGAAAUACAACUGGUCAACCAUAGUCACACUCAUUGCAGUAAUUCCUCGAGAACCCCACUGGGUGCCAUCUCAAAUGUUUUAAACCAUCUUGCUUGUAUCUCUCCCCUUGCUGUGUAGAGGCAGAGUGAGCAUGUAAUGGACAGUUCAAAGCAGUUUUGUGCUCUGGCUACAGAUAAAAUCUGGCAAAAAGCACUGCAGAUCUUUGUGAUCCAUCUUUAUUUUUAAAGUCACUCUCACCAAUCAUUGAGCUGCUUCUCUGGAGAUAGAAACUGAUCUAUAAUAACCAGAACAUUGACACAGAAGGCCAAAUACUCCCCGUCUGAAGUUCUGCAUGCUUUUUGUGUUUAAUUGAAUUAGUUAAUUUAUUGUUAUCCUUGUGCUCUGGGUUGUACCAUCAAUACUUGUAAAACUGAGUUUGUUUUGACGUUAUGCAGUGGGAGUUACGCGUUCACUUUAUUUCUCAUUUCCACACCUGUCAUUUUGUAGAUCAUUAAAUUUUUGCUUAAUUGAUAAUUAAACUAUG